GAAGAGGAGCGGGAGGAGGAGGAGGAGGAGGAGGAGGAGGAGAAGGGAGAGGAAGAGGAGGAGGAGGAGGAGGAGCAGGAAGAGGAGGGGGAGAAGCAGGGUGAGGAAGAGGAAGAGUAUGAGCAGGAAGAGGAAGAGGAGGAGCAGCAGCAGGAAGAGGAAGAGGAGGAGCAGCAGCAAGAGGAAGAGGAAGAGGAGGAGCAGCAGCAAGAGGAAGAGGAAGAGGAGGAGGAAGGGGAGGAGGAGGAGGAGGAAGGGGAGGAGGAGGAGGAGGAGGAGGAGGAGGAAGAGGGAGAGAUGGGGAGAGAGAAAGAGAGAGAGCCUUCAAGUUCACCUCCAUGGGAAUGUAGCAGUACUUGCUGUUGACAGGUCCAGUGAUGAAUCCAGUGAAUCCGGUCAUGACCCCAUGGAUGGCGUUGUGCGCUAGCAUUGUACAAUACACAGUAUCUGAUGCAUUGCUCGGCACUGCCCGCACCAUAUAUGUUGGGUCUGCAG